GCAAAGGCAAACCUUAGGCUAGCCAAGAGGUCAAGAGUACAUUGCGCUUCUUGAAUUGACACCUUCUUCCAACACUUCCCCUUCUAUCCUUUACAACUUCAAUUCUCCUUCUAGUCUUGUCACACAGCACCCACACUUCACCCCACAACCCAACACACCUACAUAAUGGACAGCAUCAUCUCCAUGGGACAAAAGUACCUCAGCGGCCAGAGCGGCGGCGGCGGCGGUAGCAGCGGAGGCUUUGACUUUUCAUCGCUGGCUUCCCUCGCACAGCAACAUGACACUCAGGGCAGUGGUGAUUCUGACCUAUUUGGGAAUGCCGCCUCUUUCUUGCAGAACAACGACCAGAACCCAGAUGAUGUAGAUGAGGACGAGAUGUCUCAGCAUGAGCAAAAAGUCAAUCAGGGUGGUCAGGCCCACUCGACGGAAAUUGGAAAUGCUGCUGCCGUCUCUUCCAUCAAGAACAUGCUCAGCGGUGGUGGCCUUGGCGGUAUGCUCGGCGGCUCUUCUGGAGACUCGAGCUCUAGCGGAGGUGGCAUGCAGCAGAAGAUCGUCUCCAUGGCCAUGGCUCAAGCCGCGGCAUUGUUCGACCAGAAGCAGGCCAACGGCGAAGUCACUGGUGGUGACAAGCAGUCUGCCGUCAAUUCUGCUGGCUCUGCUGCCACAAAGCUCAUGCUGAAGUACGGAGCUGGUGGUAACAUGGGUGUGCUGGCUUCCAAGUUCAUGUAGAGAGCCACAGCAUAGAGAGAAGGUGGACGAAAGACGUUGAAAGAAAUUGCAACAUAGUCGUUCAUUCACACACUUGCCAAGGUGUUUCAGAGAGGUUCUGACAGCUGCCACGUACCCUUCCUUGACUUGACACAGAGGCGAGGUGUCGUAGGCUAUGAGUCUCGCCGCCCUAUCUCCACCUUUUCCACGAUGCUGCACCACAUGAAUCUCUCUCAAUACCAUAGUCCACGUCUACUUUCGGCGCUCUACGUCGUCAUAGCGUCUUCCCC